GCUUGUCUCUACCUAGGGUUAGUAACUUCUUAUCCUUUCAAGUUCGACUACAGAUAUAAUUUAGAAAACACAUAUUCGGCCUCAUGGUUUUAUUAAAUUCACUGAUACUGAGUAGAACAAGUACACCUUCUUUUCAAAUCAGACCAACUAAGGUUAGUCGCGAUUUAUUAUGGCAACCCUAAUAGUCGGCGCUGGAUGUUUCGGGGCAUCGACGGCAAAAUUCCUAAAAGAGGCGGACCCUGGCACCGACGUGAUCUUACUCGACCAAGCGCCGUUCCCGGACCCGGCUGCGGCUGCACACGAUCUAAACAAGAUCAUAAGGGCCGAGUAUGAUGACCCGAUGUACAUGAAGCUGGCACUCGAGGCCAAGGAGGCGUGGUCCCAGGCAGAUCCCAUCGUCACACCCUUCUUCCAUCAGACAGGAGCACUCUGGUCUAUUACGGCUGCUAGGACACAGACGCUCGUGGAUAACUACGAGACUAUACUAGGUCCCGGAAAGUCACCGCUUGAAAUCCUUAGCUUGGAUGAGACGCGUACCCGCUUCCCGCUCCUCGGGAGCUGCCGCUUCGAGGGCGGGGCCGAGCAGUGCAUACUAAGUCCGGAAGCCGGGUGGGCCGACGCGGCUGGGGCAUUACAAGCCGUUAUUGAAGCCGCUGUUAAUGGUGGUGUCCGGUACGAAGUCGGCACGGCAGCGAAGCUAGAAUUCGAUCCGGAUGGCAUGUGUACUGGUGUCUCGACGACAGAUGGCAGGACGUUUCCCGCCCGACGUAUCGUCUUGUCCUCGGGUGCUUACACGCCAUGGCUCCUCGCAGAGAGUGCCCCGGAAACCCCAGACUUCCACGCUGGAAACCGGAUGAAAGCAGCAGCCGUAUUGAUGUGCUUGUUCAAGGUUCCGCGCGGCAGCACCGGACUGGACAUGUUUAAAGACGCACCAGUUAUCGUUCAUCCCUACGGAGACUUUCCCGCCGAGUGUAUACCACCUGGAAAUCUCGGUGGCCCUGAUUUGGCGAAGUGUACCCAUGAAUUCCCGUACACUCGCAAUGCAUACAACGAGCCGUCAAAGCAGGAGAUCUCAGUUCCGCCGCUCCCAAAAAGCGACCGCAUGACGUGGACACGAGACCUCCCAGACGCACUGAAGGCGAAUUCGGCAAAUGUCCGAAAUAUGUUCUUCGGGAACUCGGUGCAGGGCAUGACUCCUGAGUCGUAUCGACUUUGCUGGGACAUCGCUACGCCAGACGAAGAUUGGAUCAUCUCACCACAUCCGGCGUCGAAGAACUUGUAUAUCGCAGCCGGUGGUUCUUUUCAUGGCUACAAAUUCCUACCUAUAAUUGGAAAGUACGUAGUUCAAAUGCUUCAUGGAGAGCUGUCUGAGGAGCAUGCUCGACGGUGGGCCUGGGAUCGAGAUUCCAUUCCAAUCGUAACCCCAUAUACCCCCCGUGGUGAUUUACGAGAUGUACCUGGUUACUACGAGUAACGCUACCAAGCAUAUGUGAGAACAUGGUAAUAUAACUGGCCCCGAGACGAGGCCGACGGGGAUGUUCGAAUACACACGAAAAACAAUUAAAAUUUCAACAUGCCUAGCUACAGAUUCCAGCAACAAUAAGGAUAUGCUAGGCGUCUUUCCAGGUUCAAAGCUUUAGUAGCAGUGACUAUGCUUUUGGCUGAAACAAUAAAGGGAAUAAUACGAUCCGUCAUCCAUCAAGUAAAGCAGCUCCUAUAGUCUAGUGGUUAGGACGUCGGAUUCUGAUUCCGAAAACAUUGGUUCAAUUCCAGUUAGGAGCUUGAAAAUGACUUAAUAUCAUUUUUUCUCCUUGGUCCCACUUGGUUGAAAACUUUUUGUGUCCCAUCUCAUAUUGAGGGCAUCGUGAUCUGAGUGGAGUUGACUUUUGCUAGCUUCGGAUUACCCGACUGCGAUGGCCCACCAGAAUAAAAUAGACAGACUAUACCGAAGCAAAGUGGAUAUCGUAUUAAUAAUUGGUUCAUUUCUAUGACUUCUAGUCGGAGCUAGUUUUUCUAUUUAUGAUAGGUCGGAGUUGGAUUUCCUGGACAAUAUUACUGUGGUGUUCUUAUAAAUUAUUCACCCCUUUUCUCAGGACCCAUCAUGUUAUAUAUAUAAUACAGGAUACGACAAUGAAUACCCUAUUAUAGCUCUAAAUUAAUAGGAAAUUUCAGUGGUAUAAAAUA